UACUGGUACUGGCACAAACACAGCUACAACUCGUAGAACUACCCGAAGGACAAGCAGAAGACCCAGCAGCAGCAAAAGACCAAGUAGUAAUAGAAAACCCAGCAGCAACAGACGUCCAAGUAGCAACAGAAGACCAAGCAGCAAUAGAAGACCAAGUAGCAAUAGAAGGCCAAGCAGUAAUAGAAGACCCAACAGCAACAGAAGACCAAGCAAUAGCAGAAGACCAUCAAGAGGCUAAUUUAAUAAUUUAAGAAUCUAUAGCAUGGAACCUCAAAUUUGAACCUAAAUAUAUAACUUUAUAAUUUAUCUAUAGAUCUAAUUGAUCUGUGCAUUGU